CCGUAAUCCUUAAGUAACUCUCCGUUGAUGUAGCAUUGUUGAGCUUAAACUUAGCAAAAACGUAACUAGUAGCAGGUGGCUUGGUUAUAAAGGGAAGCUUCAGGAAGGAAGGAGUGCCCCAGUGACCCAGUCCCACGCACUCGAGAGAGGGAGUCAGUCCCAUCCUUAUCUCCGCUAGCUAGCUCGCUAUAGCCCCCUGGUCUUUACUCUCCAGGCCAAACAGAAACAGCUACUAGGCGAAGGACACAUCGGCAAUUAUCCAUCGAUCGGGGCCUUGUCCUGUCCGCGGGUGGCGCCGGGCGCCGGUGACAACCGACAGGGCAGCAAGCGUGGAUCAUCCGAGCGGAAGCGGAAGCCCUCCUCCUCCUCCUCCUCCUCCGGCUCCGGGGCACCGUCGUGACAGCAGAGGUCCGCUGCCAUCACCUCGUCCGCCGCCGCCGGCGCUACAACGAGGUGACCACCAUGGGCAUGGAGAGCCGGAGGUCGUCGGGGAGGAGGCUGCUGGCGUUGCCGUUGCCGUUGCGACGACGAGCUACCAGCACCAGCAGUACGAGCUCGCCGUCAUGGUGGCGGCGCUCACCCACGUCAUCAGCUCCACUCAACCGGCGGCCCUCGCCGGUGCAACCGCGUCCGGGCAGCAAGCUGUGACCCGCCAACACAUCGCUCCUCUGGCCGCGGCGGCGACAUCGUCGUCAUCAGCGGCGUCGGAGCAGCAGCAGCAGCGUCCGCGGUACCGUGGCGUACGGCAGCGGCCGUGGGGCAAGUGGGCGGCGGAGAUCCGCGACCCCGUGAAGGCGGCGCGCGUAUGGUUGGGCACCUUCGACACCGCCGAGGACGCCGCACGCGCCUACGACGCCGCCGCGCUCCGCUUCAAGGGCGCCAAGGCCAAGCUCAACUUCCCUGGCGCCGGCGGUGCGCCUGCGCCACCCCGCCAUGCCGUCGGCCAGCUGCUGGCGCCCGGAGGCGGGGCAUCGCCAUCGUUGCGGCAGCAGCAGCGACCCCGACCCGUGGUGGCCUUCCGCCCGCAGAUCAACGCCCCGGCAGCCGUUGCUCGGGAGGAGUUCCCGGACCUCCACCGGUACGCGCACAUACUGCAGAGCGGUGACGUGGAUCUGCGGGCCGUUGCAGCCGGCGGGAUAACGCCGGGGCCGUCGUCGACGCCGGCGCACGACUUGCGGUCGCCGCCCCGGCCGGAUGAUCGCGGAUAUGGCGAGAGAAGUGCAGGCCCUGGCUGCUAAGUGAGUAGUACUCCCUUUUUUUUUAGGGUAACUGAGUUGUACUCUUACUGAAUACGUACUGAUUGACGUGUACAUGAGAAAACCAAGUUCUGCUUUUUCCCCAUCUUUUUGUUUGCAUAUUUCCCUAUUUAUUUUUGGCAAAAUGAACAGACACAACACUAGAAACAGCGUCUGUAGCAUGUGUACGUCGCAUGCCACUGUAUAUGUCAGCACUGAGGAGUGGUGAGGAACUCUCAGGAUUGUGGUCGAACUCGGAUAGGGUGCGUAGAACAAUACAGAACUGUGUAUGUGUGUCACCCUCGGGACGAAAUGCACGUAUAAAUAUACUUGUCGCGGUGAA